CCACCACCAUGUCCUGCUCCGACCCCUUGGAGACGCUGCGGGUGGAAGCCAGCUGCUCCGUGUGCCUCGAGUACCUGCGGGACCCGGUGCUCCUCGAGUGCGGGCACAACUUCUGCCGCGCCUGCAUCACGCGCUGGUGGGCCGAGCUGGCGCGGGACUUCCCCUGCCCCGUGUGCCGCAAGACCUCGCGGCGCCGCGCCCUGCGCCCCAACCGCCAGCUCGGCAACAUGGUGGAGGCGGCGCGCCAGCUCCGCGGCACCAAGCGCAAGGCCCCCGACGGCCCCCGCUGCCGCACCCACGGCCAGGCCCUGGCGCGCUUCUGCCGCGACGACCAAGCCCCCGUCUGCCUCCUCUGCCAGAUCUCCCACGCGCACCGGGCCCACGUCCUUGUGCCCCUCGAGGUGGCGGCCAGGGAGUACAAGGAGAAGCUGCAGCGCUGCCUGGAGCCGCUGGAGCAGAAGCUGGAAGCGCUGAGCGGCUGCCGAGCACGGGAGGAGCAGAAACCGGCCCAGCUGAAGAGGCUGGUGUCCGGGCGGCGGGACCGCAUCGCGCAGGAGUUCGAGGAGCUGCGGGAGCUGCUGGCGCAGGAGGAGCGGCUCCUGCUGCGGCGCCUGGAGGAUGAGGAGCAGGAGAUCCUGGAGCGGCUCCAGGCCAACCUGGAGCACCUGGAAGAGCAGCGCCGAGGCCUGGCCACCCUCGUGGCCCAGCUGCAGGAGAAGUGCCUGCAGCCCGGAGCAGAGAUGCUCCAGGACAUCAAGGACACUCUGGCCAAGUGCGAGGCAGCGGCGGCUCCCAUGGAUGAUCCCGUUUCCAUUCCCAUCGAGCUGGAGAAGAACUUCGGCAGCUUCCCGCGGCAGUACUUCACCCUGCGCAAGCUCACGCGGCACCUCCUCGGGGAGGUGACGCUGGACCCGGACACCGCUCAUCCCAACCUGGUCCUAUCCAAGGACCGGAAAAGCGUCCGCUUUGUGGAAGUGGGGCCUCGGGAGGUGCCCGAUUCCCCGCGGCGCUUCACCAUCUACCCCUGCGUGCUGGCGGCGCAGGGCUUCACCUCCGGCAGGCACUACUGGGAGGUGGAGGUCGGGGACAAGACCCACUGGGCCUUGGGAGUGUGCAAGGAUUCGGUGAGCAGGAAAGGGGAACUGACCCCAUUGCCGGAGGCGGGAUACUGGCGCGUCCGGCUCUGGAACGGGGACAAGUACGCGGCCACCACCACCCCCUUCACGCCGCUGACGCUGCGGGUGAAGCCGAAACGCGUUGGGGUCUUCCUGGAUUACGAGGCUGGGAAAGUGGCCUUCUACAACGUGACCGAUCGCUCGCACAUCUACACCUUCACCGCCACCUUCACCGAGAAGGUCUGGCCCCUCUUCUACCCCGGCAUCCGCGCCGGCAGGAAGAACGCGGCUCCGCUCGUCAUCCGCUCGCCCACGGACUGGGAGUGAUGGGGAUG